AUGUGCAUCGCACUGUGGGCGCUCGACCAUCCUGAUUACGCUCUAGUCCUCGCCUCGAACAGAGAUGAAUUUCUAUCUCGACCCACCGAACGCGCACACUUUCAUCAUUUCGAACACGAGGCCGGAAAGACUAACACUGAAGGACCGAUCCUGUCCGGCCGAGACCUGAAAGCGGGAGGCACAUGGCUUGGGCUGAACAGAUCGGGGAAAAUCGCCGUCCUCACCAACAUCACCGAGCCACUGGGCAGUUAUACCUCAUCCAGGGGCCAUUUGGUCUCGUCAUUCCUCCUGUCGGAUUUGCCUGCGGACACCGAUGUGGAAAACGUAGUCACGCGGAACGAGAAGUAUGCGGGAUUCAAUCUGGUGUAUUUUGACCCUAUCACAGACGCGUCUGGAUCGCUUUCUUUCUCGCCAAUCUUCCUGACCAAUCACGGCGGGGGCGGCCCUCUCACCGCGAGGCCAUUAACGGCCGAGGAACGUCGGUGCGGAGGGCUAUCUAACGGGAUCGAUGGGCAGGGUGCCGACGAGUGGCCGAAAGUCCAAGUCGGCAUCCGGUCGAUGCGAGAGGUAAUUGAAUCCGCCGAAGCAUCCGACGAGCGCCGCCUCGUCGAGGAUCUUUUCCACGUUCUGGAAUGGUGUACGGCCAUUCCACCUCGUGAACGAGCGGAGCACCGCAACACCAUUCACAUUGAGCCGUACCCCGUGGCCUUUGAUCCGACCCAUGCUACGGAUUUUUACGGCACUCGACUCUCGACCGUCAUCCUUGUCCGCCGAGAUGGCAAAGUUCUUUUCGUGGAGCGCGAACCUUGGCGCCUGUCAGACGGGGUUCUGCAAAAGCAGCAACCCCCGGACGAACACGUAUUCCGGAUGCAAAUCUCUUUGCAAAACAAGCACUAG